AUGAUGAAGCGGGUCUACGACAUUGCCGGCUCCACGAACAAGAGGGUCAAAGUGGUGUUGAAUGGCAAGACGCUGCCGGUGCGCUGCUUCCAGGACUACGUCGGCAUGUACCUGAACCAGGGAGGGGGGGACUUCAAGCACGAGCCGGUGUACGAGCGCUGCAGCGACCGCUGGGAGCGUCGCCGUGAGCUUGACGGACGGUUCGUUCCAGCAGGUGAGCUUUGUGAAUUCGAUCAACACAAUCAAGACCCGCCUCGCGGCCCACCGUGGACCAGUCUUCGACUCCGACCCGCGGCCCCUUCUCGCGGAGGGUCGUGCAACUUCUCGUGCACGGCAGGCUCCAUAUUUGCAGUGGAGGGCCGUCGCAUGCCAUCAAAUGCCAUGUGCUGCAGUGUGCUGCAGGAAACGUUGACGACCAAGCAGAGCAAGUUUGGAUCCACGUGCGAGCUGUCUGAGGCGAUGAUGAAGAAGGUGAUGAAGAGCGGGGUCGUGGAGAUGAUCCUCGACUGGGUGAGGGCCAAGCAGAAAGUUGACAUGUCCCGUCAGCUGAGGGGGGUGACUAAGAACACCACCCGCGUGAUGGGCAUUCCCAAGCUCGAGGAUGCCAACGACGCUGGCGGGCGCAAUUCUGCUGACUGCACCUUGAUCCUGACCGAGGGUGACUCCGCCAAGUCCCUUGCGGUGGCAGGGCUAAGCGUGAUUGGGCGAGAUAAGUACGGAGUCUUCCCGUUGAAGGGGAAGGUUCUCAACGUGAGAGACGCGAAUUUCAAACAGGUCACAGGAAACACCGAGAUACAGAAUCUGCUUAAGAUCGUAGGCCUCGAUCUCAAGCGACAGUACGACUCUGUCCACGGCCUCCGCUAUGGAUCCAUUAUGGUGAUGACGGAUCAGGAUCACGACGGCUCUCAUAUCAAGGGGCUCCUGAUCAACCUCAUCCACUUCUGGUGGCCAUCGCUUGCCAAAAUGGACGGUUUCCUGAAGCAGUUCAUCACGCCCAUUGUCAAGGUCUGGAAGGAUGGCAAGAAGGACGGUGAGCGCCGGGAAGAGACCUCCUUCUUCACGAUGGACGAGUACGAAAAGUGGAAGCAGCAGACGGGCAACGCGAGGGCCUGGAAGUCAAAGUAUUACAAAGGCUUGGGCACAAGCACCAUGAAAGAGGCCAAGGAGUACUUUAGAGACAUCGAGCAGCACGAGAAGCGCUUCCGGUGGAUUGGCGACCGCGACGGGGAGUCGAUCGAUCUGGCUUUCAACAAGAAGCGGGCGGACGACCGCAAGAAUUGGAUCAACGCGUACGAGGAUGGCACGAACGUGGACCAUUCGAAAAGCGUUGUCGGUUACUCCGACUUCAUUCACAAGGAGCUGGUCCAGUUCGCCAAGUACGACGUCUCCAGGUCGGUUCCCUCUGUGGUUGACGGCUUCAAGCCGUCGCAGCGGAAGGUGAUAUUUUGCGCAUUCAAGAAGAAGCUCAGGAACGAUAUCAAGGUGGCGCAGUUCGUGGGAUACAUAUCCGAGCAGUCCGCUUAUCACCAUGGCGAGGCCUCCCUUGAGAAUACCAUCGUGAACCUCGCCCAGACCUUCGUCGGUUCCAACAACGCCAACCUACUGGUGCCGUCAGGGCAGUUCGGCACACGGCUCCAAGGCGGAAAGGACCAUGCCGCAGCACGGUACAUCUACACCCGCCUGCACGGUGCCACGAGGUCGUUCUUCCACCCGGACGAUGACCAUGUCUUGGACUACCUCAACGAGGAGGGGCUGUCCAUCGAACCAAAGUGGUAUUGCCCCGUGCUGCCUACGGUCCUCAUGAACGGCGCAGACGGCAUCGGCGUCGGGUGGAGCACGUUCAUCCCCAACCACAAUCCGCGCGACCUCAUUAGAAAUCUGCGCCGGAUGCUCCGCGGCAUGCCCAUGGAAGAGAUGCACCCCUGGUACAAGGGGUUCACGGGCCAGAUCCUGCCGAGCCAGAAGGAGUCGGGCAAGUACGAGGUCACGGGAGUUGCCCACAAGCUCAGCGACACCACCGUGGAGGUCACGGAGUUGCCCGUGAAGACGUGGACCCAGAGCUACAAGGAGUUUUUGGAGGAGCUGAUGCCGCAGGACGGCAAGAAGCCCUCGGACGAUGACGAUGCUGGUGGCCACACGAUCGAGGAAUUCCGCGAGCACCACACCGAGUCCACCGUGCACUUCGUGCUGACAUUGACGCCCGCCAAGAUGCGGGAGGCGGAGAAGGCUGGCUUUGAGAAAACGUUUAAAUUGAAGACCUCCAUCGCCACCUCGAAUAUGGUGCUCUUUGACGCGGGCGGCAAGAUCUCCAAGUACAGUUCCGCGCUGGACAUUUUGAAGGAGUUCUGCCAGGUGCGGCACCAGAUGUACCUGAGGCGCAAGGGGUACCUUGAGGCCCGACUCACCCGCGAGAAAGAGAUCCUUAGCAACAAGGCCCGCUUCAUCCUCAUGGUGGUGAAGGGGGAGCUCGAGCUGCGAAAGAAGAAGAAGCAGGACCUCCUGCGCGAGCUCCGGCAGCUGGGCUUCACGCCCAUGAGCCAGCUCGACGCCAUCAUGAAAGGAAAGGGAGGCGCUGGCCAGUCCGACGCGCCUCCAGCGGACGGCACCGCGCGGGCGGCGGGCGCCGCCGACGACGAGCCGGCGGACGACGGCGAGAGGGACGAGAAGAAGUCCGAGUACGACUACCUGCUCGGCAUUCGAAGGAGGAAACAAACAAUGUUUGCUUCCUCAGGAAGCAAAAAUGGGUCCCCGUCGGGCGGGGCCAGGACGAGGAAAGCGCAUUCGAGGGAGGGGGUCGAAGAAGGAAAAACCGCCAAGCGUUUAUGUUUAUUUUGUUCUUUCUUGUUCUAG